AUGUUCUUGACACCAUUGAAAUGUUGGAAGACUGGCUCUAUUAGAGUCAUUCCUAGAGUGAACAGUGUAGGAUAUUCAAGGAUUAAUGGUAUCAAACCAUUGAACGUCGGUAGGAGCCGUUGUUUCACUACCUCACGAAUUAAUUUCAAUAAACCAUUACAAUCCAAACAAGAGGUUGAAGAAGUUAAAGACUUUAAACACAUAGAACAGAAGACAUUACUGAAGAAGAUACUUCUGGAAAACAUUUACACAGUACCUAAUUUCCUUACUAUGUCAAGAAUUUUAACUACACCUAUCAUCACAUAUUAUAUAUCAACCCAUCAAGUUACCCCAGCAAUGAUACUUUUCACCGUUUCUUGUAUAACUGAUUUCCUUGAUGGAUUCAUAGCACGUAGGUAUAAGUCAUUCACAGUUCUAGGUUCAAUCUUAGACCCCAUAGCGGAUAAAUUAUUAAUGGGAUGUUGUACAAUUGCUUUAUUAUACCUGAAAGUAAUGAACCCUGUAAUUGGAGGGUUGUUCAUAGCUAAAGAUUUCAUGUUACUAUUAAUGGGUAUUUAUUAUAGAUAUACAACAUUACCUCCGCCAAAGAUAUGGUCAAGAUUUAUCAAUUUAUCAAUUCCAACGGUAAAAGUUGAACCAAAUAUGAUAAGUAAAGUGAAUACAGGAUUUCAAAUGGUUUAUAUAGGAUGUUUGGUUUACUUGGAGAUGAUCAACCAAGUUCCAGGAGUUAAUGAGUUCUUGGGCAAUUUUGAAUAUCUUGUAGGUUUCACUACUUUAAUCAGUGCAUUUUCAUAUAUCUUCUCCAAGAAAUCCAUUAAAUCCUUAUAG